AUCUCUUGUCUCCCACAAAAGUAAAAUAGCGUUUGACUGGAUUGUAAUGCCAAUCCAACUAUACACGCAAGUGCAUUUUUUCAGUUAUGCAAAUUGGAUUAUUGAGCCAAGAUUGCGGUUGAGGAAAGAGUAGUUUCAUGGUUUCUCAUAUCCUAGUAGUGAAACUGAGCUUGCUUCACAAACACUGCUUCCCCUACUGAGUGCCAUGACAUAAUGUUGCUCAGGGAUGGUUUGUAUUGAAUUUCUCACAAAGGUCACUGGAGCCAGUCCCAAGAGCCCCAACCAUUAGUGUACAAUACAUCCCACUCCAGGGAUGCUGCAUAUGAUCCAUCUAACUCCUUUAUCGGUGUUGCUGUGUUUCUCUGUCUUUAAAGAGACUACAAGGCUGGAUUUCAAAUGGUGAAUAGACCACCAAGACCACAGUUGAUGUUCAUAAAAGGAAAGCCAGUCAACAUGCUCACACUUAUUAUGCUCCUUUGAAAAUAUAUGUUUUAUGGAACCACCAUUACCAUAGACUGCGAUAAAAAGAUAGUUAUCCAAUAUAUUUGUGGAUUAGGAUGGAUAUUGAACACUGGUCACCAAUUUGUUAAAAAUGUAUCUACUUUCAGAUGUAUUAGUUUGUGAAAUACCACUGUAGAAUAUCAGCGGAGAAAUGUCAGCUGAGCUCAAGCAAAUGCAGUCAACAGCCUAGUUACAUAUACAUGAUUAGAGAGACUCAAAGUGUUAGGGAAACAAAACAACCACUGAUGUCUGAUUGGGUGAUUGAGGAAAAGGUAUUCCCCAGUUCUCUUGGGGAAACGUAUUCCCAGACAUCCUUGAGGUUGAUGAUAGGAAGAAGUUCCAAGGACACUCAUGUCAUACUGCUCGUUGUCAGCCCUUCAUGUAAAUACGUGUUCCACAGUCAUGACAAACGCUUUUAGCUACUCCUCUCGCCGCCCUGUUAUGACUAUGGAAUUGACCCUGGUAGUGUUUUGGGUGAUUCAUUCAGUAUUUAGUGUGUUUCUUUCAUCGCCAUCUCAAUUGAUGCAGAAAUCCUCUAGGCAUCUAGCUGUGACUUCAUGGUGCUUGGUAAAUCCUUCUGGCAUCUAAUGAGGUGUUUUGUAAUAAAUAUCUAUUUAGAUUCACUUGCCUUUGCCAUACAUAUUCAUAGUAAUAAAAUGUCUCAGAUAUGUGUUUUAUUUUUAAGAGGUAGUUAUUAAAAGGACUGGGAACCCCUAAAGAUUGUUAUAAGUAAUAAGUACUCAGUUAGUAUUGUGGCCUUCCGUGUCUUCCUGUUUCACUGGGGUAUAAACAUUAGCCUGCACAGAUUUAAAUGAAUGUAUCACCACAGGAAAAGCCAAAGCUCACAAAUGAGACUUUUUAAAAUCCACAAAACACAAUUAUAAAGAAUGUAAGUGCAUCUUUCCUCCCUAAGCACAGUGAAAAUUAUGGUUUGGCAAGCAAAGAAGAAUCCUAGCCCACAUUGAAGACUAAAAGAAAUUGGUUGCAUCUAGCAGACAUCAUGUCUCCAAAACCACAAUUACAAGCCCACUCUGAGCUGGUAAUCUUGUUGAAGGGUUGUCAGAAAACAUCCUCAGGGAGCAAACAAAAAAUGACAAACGAGUGGUGGGUUUGGCAUCGAAAGACGGAUAUGUAUGUAGAAAAGAACCUCAUACCUCUGGUAGACUAUGUUGGUGGAUCUUUGAUGUUUAUAUAGGUGUUUUGCAUUCACUUGUCCUUAGCAUAAUGAACUCUACCAUGUACCAAGAAUGUUUUUUGCCAAAAACCUAGUUGACUAAUGAAUGAAUUACAGUAUAUGCUACAUGUUGGAAAAUUACAAUACAGCAAUUAUCUGUGUUUAAUACAGCCCUUUUGCUAAAAUGUGUUUAGGAUGCCAUUAUUUUGGCAGUUAUUGUAUAUCAGGCUUUUGAGCAUUUUGGAAUUAAAAUCUAAAAUAUUUUAAUUUAAAAUGUUGUCUGUGCAACUCAGUUGGACUGAGUAACAUUCAGUAAAUCCAAACCAACAUGCACUCCUCAAUGCAAUGCUUGGAAAUCACAUCUGUAGCUGUGUGUGAGGCAGAUAGAACCAGCAGUAUCCAACGAACCACUCGGGCAAGCCUUGUUCUUGAUGACUGUAAUGGAAAAUUGUCUAGUUAGGCCACUAAACCGCAUGGAGAUCUUACUGUUGCCCCUGGCAACUAGGUCAGAUUGUAUCUCUAGCAAUUCCUUGUUAUUGUAACACUGGAGGAUGACAAGCCUGUUUGGUCAGAUGUUACAGCUAGACAAUUACCUUACAUGGGCCACCGAUUUUUCUAUGGGAUCGUAUUCUACACAUGGACCUGUUUUGAAACUAUAAGACUAACCGUAAGUAAUUCUACAAAAAUCUCCCGUUAUUAGGUGAGACUGACACCUGCACUACAAACACCAGUACCGGCUUAAAUAGCUAUCCAGGUAUUUAGCCAGGAUCACAGGUGCUGAAUGCUUUCCAAAGCUGAUGGUGUUGUUGAUAUGACCGAACUUAUUCACUCACAGACAAUGAACUGUCAUCUUGAUUCUAUCCUCAAUUGAUUGGUGUUUCCAUCCUGCUCUGCCCCGCCUCGCCCCGAUCCUACUUUAUAUUCCAUCCCCUUUGCUCACAUUCUUUCUCUUCCUCCCUCGACCCAAAUCUUUGCCACUUUACUUUCACCGGUUACGUCCUGAGUCUUUUGCCCACCUUAUUUCUCUGUUUUGUUGUUCUUGUACGUGUUCGUCUUUUAAUCCUAACCCCCCCUGUUACAUUCCCUUCCCCGCCCCUCCACACACACGCCGAUCUCCUCCCUUUCUUCUCCGUCCUCCCCCCCCUUACCUUCCUCUCUCUCAGCAUGGGCGUGCCGAGUUUUCCUGGGAAGGAAUCAAUGUAAGUCCCGUGCUAAUCUCUUCCUCUUCUUCCCUCGUCCCGCUGCUCGUUUUGGCUCUCUGUCUGUAGAUAAGCCAGCGUUUUUUUUGUCCUCCACUCUCGCCCCAUCUCACCUCCCUCCCUUCUCCCUGUCGCUCUAUCUUAGUGCCGCUGCUAAUCUACUGUACUGCCUGUGUUACAUAGUCUCUCAUGUUGGGAGAUAACGAGCUGUAAUAACCUUACCUUAUCUACAGCGGCUAAUGUUAGCUGUUAGCAUGAUGCUCCUUAAUGCAUCAGUUAUUGAAUCACAGGGCCUACAGGUAGGCCUGUAAUACACCACUGUGGCGAAUGUCCCAGCUCUCUAUGGAAGACACCACCUCCAUCCUGCCUCGUCUGAAGAGAAACUCCAACGCCUACGGGAUCGGUGCUCUAGCUAAGUCCUCAUUGACAGGUGUGUCAGGCGUGUCCCGUUCAAUGAAGGAUAAAGUGACAAAGCCCACUGCCAUGGCCUCAGGUCGCGUAGCUCACAUGAUCGAAUGGCAGAGCUGGAACACGCCGUCCACAGGGACAGAGGGGACCACGAUCACAAAAAUCCCAACCUCGCAACGCGAAAAGGAGAGGAGGAUUGAGAGUGAAAUGUACAGUGAACUAAGUGAGGGAGAAAAGGAGGCCCGGUUUACAGCAGGAUUAAUGGCACAAUUUGCCUUAUCUGAGGCUACUCUGCUGGGCUGGAGGUCUAUGGAAGAAGACAGCUUUUGUGCUGGCUCCAACCAAGGCAGUGUUGCACACCUCAGUGAGACCAACCAGGAGAGCAUCACCAGCAGAGACCAGGCCUUGCACCAUUCCUCGGCCGACGUGUGGCCUAACACCUACGUCGCCCAGGGCCUCUACUGCCUCUCCUCCUCCGACGCCUGGGAGCCAAUCAGCAACGAUCCCUCGGGGAUGGCCUCGCCGGCUGCCGGCUCCUACGUCAUGGCGGGCGGGGGUACUCCUGGCGAGGGCUACGGCGAGGUGAACAACAUGGGGGGCUACGUGCAGCAGCAGCAACAGUCCCAGCAGCUCACACUGCAGCAACAGUCCCAGCUUCAACUCCAACAGCUGCAGCAGAUCCAGCUGUACCAGCACCAACAGCUAAUGCUCUACCAGCAGCAACAGGCAAUGGAACACAGGCUGCACAGUGCCAAUCACUCCCUCCAGGCCACGCCCAACAGCACCAUCCACAGUCUGGGCCUUCCCACUCACCCGCGCCUGGCUGACCUAUGGGGUUCCGCUCAGGUGGAGGUUGCCGGACAGAUGAGCGGGGCAGUGGCGGACACAGCUGGAGGCAUGGUCGAGACCGUGGGGGAAGAGCCAGAGAUGGAGAGCCAAUGCAUUCCAGAGCAACAGGAAGAGGAGGAGACUAAGGAAGAUGAGGUUACGUUAACCUUGGAACCAACUUUGACCCCUUCCCCGCUUAGAGAUGAUGCCACCCCGAUUGGUGGCACAAGUCCACAACUAGCAUGCCCAGAACAAAUGACAGAGCGUAUACCUUUUGAUGUCACACCCUGCAUCGUUCAAUCAUUGGAGGAGAAGGAUGAAGAGGUGGAGGAGUCUAUUGUUGCUGUGGCAUCCAAUUGAGAUUACCAAUAGGGAUAGUCAGAAAGAGAGACUGACAAACCGGAUAUACCAUCAUCAAAUAAUCAACCAAUCAAGCUAUUCUACCACCAUCCAGAUAUUUACCCACUUUGAGACUGAGAAAAAAUAGAAAGACUUUUUCUGGAGGAAAAACUGUUGGAUAUGACAAUGAUGCAAGAGACACAGAAAAACUUGAAAGACUUAACUCAUUGACUGCUGGAAUCUGUCAGUUUGCAGAAACGUGAGGAUUUGUUUUGCAGUAAUAUUGAACUGAGGAGUCAAAAGCAUGAAGAAAAAGGAAGAAAAUGGUUGCUGGGGAAAAGAUCAGUGCAAUGCAGAUUCCUGUGAAAACCAAAAGACAGAAAGUGCAUGCUUUUGAAAGUAAUUUAACAAUAAUAGUCAACAGUAUACCAAGUAAUAAUAUAAAAUAAUGAUUUUUUUAUAAAACAAAAAAGCCAAUAAAGUUAUAUGUAUUAGUGUG